AUAACACCAAAAUUUAUCAGUAGUGUUUGUGUUUUUUCUGCUCUCUAUUUUUCCUCUCAUUUCAUUUCUUCUCCACUUCUUUCUGCAAUUAUUCCCAACUUUCCAUGGCUUCCUUCAUACCAAACCUCGAACUCGCCCCCGACACAUGUCCCGAGUUCAAACGGCGGAAACGAAGGAUAACAGACGAAAAGCUUGCAUAUUCUCAUUAUCAUCAACGUCACCAAAGAAUUAAGCGAUGGCGAACGCAACGCGAGCAACACAUCUACUCUUCCAAGUUCAUCCAGGCACUCCGCCGUUCUCGGCUCACCUCAACUUCCUCCUCCGCCUCCGAGGAAGUCCACGAGACGGCGGACAGAGUACUCGCCUCUUUGGCCAAGGGAACCACGCGUUGGGGCAGAGCGAUCCUCAGCGCUCGCAAGAUGGUCAGACAUAAGAAAGCCAAGGUCGCCGCCAAUACGAGGUUGAGGAAGCCGGCGGUUAACAGGGAGAAGAGAAAAACGCCUUCCGUUCAGAGGAAGUUGAAGGUUUUGGGACGUCUCGUUCCCGGUUGCCGGAAACUAUCAUUCUCGAACCUCCUAGAAGAAACUAGCGAUUACAUAGCGGCCCUCGAGAUGCAAGUUCGAGCCAUGACGGCUAUCACCGAAUUUAUCGCCGGCGGUGGACGGCAGCCGCCGGCUGACCGGCUUGCUUCUAAUGUCAACUCUUGAAAAGAUGUUCAUUAUGAUUAUUAUUAUUUUUGGAAACUGUUUUGGGUGAGAUUCUUAAAUUCCUGUAUUUUAUUGUGUAUACAUGAUUUUU